GUAACGAAAUUUUGACUGAGGAAUUAACGUCUCACGACCACGGUCCAAGCAGCACCUCCGAACGCUGCUGCCAGCGAAGUCGCCGCCAUUGCGUCUCUUUCUUAACACAUACACAUACUCUCUAGUCAGCCCUGCUAGACCAGGGCGUUACCCAGCUCCUCCGCCAGGUCUCCGAAGCACAUGCGCUGAGCGCAACGCCCUCGGGCUUCAAAGCCCCUCGGGCGCUAUCCAUAGUCGCCUAUGCUUGCUGUGGAAAACUAAGGAGCGAGCAGGAUGAACAGAUACAAGGUGGUAAAGCAGCUGGGCGAUGGCACGUACGGCACGGUGUGGAAGGCCAUCAACCGGCAAACCAAUGAAGUGGUGGCUAUCAAGAAGAUGAAGCGCAAGUUUUACUCAUGGGAGGAGUGCAUGAACCUGCGCGAGGUCAAGUCGCUGCGCAAGCUGAACCACCCCUGCAUCAUCAAGCUGAAGGAGGUCAUUCGCGAGAAUGACGAGCUCUUCUUCGUGUUUGAGUACUUGGAAUGCAACGUCUACCAAUUAACGAAAGACCGGGACAAGUUCCUUCCGGAGUCGCGGAUACGCAACUGGUGUUACCAGAUCUUCCAGGGCCUGGCCUACAUCCACAAGCACGGCUUCUUCCACCGCGACAUGAAGCCAGAGAACCUGCUGGCCAGCAAGGACAGCAUCAAAAUUGCGGACUUCGGCCUGGCGCGCGAGAUCCGGUCGCGGCCACCCUACACCGACUAUGUGUCCACACGAUGGUACCGUGCGCCGGAGGUGCUGCUGCGCUCGCCCUACUACAACGCGCCCAUCGACCUGUUCGCCAUGGGCGCCAUCAUGGCGGAGCUGUACAUGCUGCGGCCACUGUUCCCGGGGACCAGCGAGGCGGACGAGAUCUACAAGAUCUGCUCCAUCAUGGGCACGCCCACGCAGCAGGUGUGGCCCGAGGGGCUCAAGCUGGCGGCGACCAUGAACUUCCGCUUCCCGCAGUUCGCGCCCACGCCGCUGAACAAGAUCAUCACCAACGCCUGCCCCGAGGCCAUCGACCUCAUGACGCAGCUGUGCCACUGGGACCCCAACAAGCGCCCCACCGCGGUGCAGGCGCUGCAGCACCCCUACUUCGCGGUGGGCGUGCGGCCGGCGCUCCCGGUGUCCAACUCGCCCAUGUCCAUAGACCGGCCCAACUCGCACGGCGUGACCAACCCCGGCAAGGACAUCGCCGUGCUGGAGGACCGCAACGGCAUGCGCGGACCCAAGACGUGGGCGGAGACGGCGCCGCCGCUGCGGCAGGCGGACCAGCAGAACCCGGACCAGAACAAGGGGGGCGCGGGGACCGCGGCCGCGCCCGCCGCCGGCUCGCUGUCGUCCAUGGGACUCCAGCUCAACCUGGGCAACGCGCUGGGUAACCCCCUGUCCAGCCUGCUGCCGCGCGGCAACUCGUUCGGGCAAGGCGCGGGCCUGCCCAACCUGCCCAACGGCGCCUCCGGCAUGGGGCUGCUGCAGCGCAACCUGUCCAACAGGCCCGGAGGCGUGCCCAACCAGCCGCCGGCGCCCUCGCUGCAGCCGCUGCCGCCGCGCCGGCCCUCCAACUUCGGCAGCGAGGGCCCCGCCGCCAGCGGCGCCUCCGCCGUCAUGGCCUCCCUCAACUUCGACCACCUGCGGCCACCCGGCAUGCAGGCGCCGCCGCUACCGGCGCCGGCGGGUGGCGGGGGCCUGCCGCCGGGCGUGACGCGGUACACGGGUGCAUCGCCAGGCGUGGGUGCCACGGACCCGCUGGGGGCGGCCAACGACGGGCGGCGCGCGGGACUGCUUCCUCCGCCGGCGCUCAACAAAAUUGGCUCCAUCAACCAGCGCGGCGCCAACGCGGUGCUGAACGGGCCGCUUAGCAACAUGCUAUCGCAGCAGCACCAGAUCGCGCAAGGCGGCACUGCCAGCGGGGCGCUCCAGGGGAUGCUGCCGUCGCUGGGCAGCGGGCGAAUCUUGGGCGACCCGCUAGCGGCUAAGAACGCGCUCGGGGGGCAGCGGCGGUAGGCAGCAGCGGCUACGGCGGCGGAAGUUGAGGCAGCGGCACAGGCGCAGGCUUGAGCACCUGCGUGGGAGUGGUGCGGGAAACGCCGGACGGGAUGCUCGUUCGCCGCGCUCCUGCGAUGGAGGCUGGGGCUGGGAGGAGGGCAAUGGACGGGUGUUUGGCACGAGGAGGAGCGCCGGCGUGCGGCUGUAAUCUUAGCGACGUGGGCACGUGGCCUUGUGGAUGGGGGCCGCGCAGACAGGCUAUGCACGUAGGUGUUGGAAGCGAGUUGCUAUACGUAACUUUGUUUUGCCAGUUUGCUAGGACUUCUUUGCAUGGAGUGGAGCGGGCAGGCAUGGAUGUGUGGUGCGGGCGCGGCCACAGUGACACGACAGCGCCUUCGGACUUGUGAAUAGUUGACAUGAUUCAAUUGGAUAUAUAGCAAGGACUCGAGGGUGUGACCGGGGCAUGUGCAGGGCUGUCGUCGAGCACGGCAGCGGGCGUAGUGUCAUGGCGUCGCAGCAAUUGCACGGCAUUGUAGUGAAUGGGGCGCCCUAACUGUUUAUGGCACUGUUCACG